UUUAAAAUUUUACAUUUUAUUCACUGUUCUAUAAAAAAAGUUAAUCAACAGUCUGUGUAUAAAUGUUUGUGUGUGUUUGUGUGUGCACAGAUGGUUCCAUUCCGUGGUCCUAUCUCAGGUGGACUGCAACCUGGGAAGAAGUUGGUGGUUUUUGGGAUUGUGGAUCCUUGUCCUGACCGGUUCUACCUGGCGCUAACGUGCGGUUGUGGAACGUCCAGAGCGCCACCUCCUAAUGUAGCUCUGGAGCUCUGUGUCAGAUUCAAGGACCGUCAGAUUCUGCGACGGGCCUGUACGUCUGGGUCAUGGGGCGACGCGGAGCGAGCUGUGCCGUUCUUCCCUUUCAUCAAAGAUCUGCCGUUCAAGAUGGAACUCUUCUGUGAAGUGGGUCGGUUCCGUGUCCUUGUGGACGGACAGCAGCUGUUUGAUUUUCAGCACAGAAUCACGUCACUGCCUGACAUUGACACACUGUGGAUCAAAGGCAGCGUUGGUAUCACCAAACUGGCCUGAAGGGGGUGACAUGCUGUACAAAGACUGUAAAUACUGUAGAUACUUAAAAAAAAAAAAAUUAAAUAAUGAGGUGAUGACUUCACAUUUCAUUGAAAUCCA